AUGCGCGCCAUCUGGGACGCUAUGGAUGGGGUCGCGCGGAUCAGCCAGCGCAUCACGAAGCAGACGGGCCAUCUGAUCCGUAUUGAGGCCGCGCGCACGGAGAAAGACCAGAGCCCAUACCAGCCGUUACAGGCGUACAUGGAUGAGGAGCAGAUCCAGCGGCAUGUCGAGCCAUGGCAGCAGAUCGUGAUGUUUUUCGCCCGCACCCAGGUCGAGCACGAUUGGCAGAGCCCGCCAUACCGAUUCACCCCCCGCCAGCGACGGGCAUGGCAGGCACUAUGGCGGUGUGCCCAAGACACGCGUGGGAGCCCCGACCCCAUGGACAGCCAGGGCCAGGAUCGGGGCCAGAGCCAGGGCGACCACACCGACGAGGAGUAUCAGAUGACUUCGAUCCAGACCGCAUGCAUGGACUUUUGCAUUGAGCUAUUGAACCAGCGCAUCGGCGCCGAAGAGUACGAGUGUGCAUUGGUCUGCGCAUUAGCCGUGCUUGGUCAGGGCCGUGAUCGAUGGCGGGACGCGGAGAGCUAUCCCCCGAUUUUGUCCAAGAUGAUCAAGAUCAGCCGAUUCAUGGUAUUACACAAAUCAUUACGAUUAGAUCCACGGGCCGAGGCGAUCAUCCAGUACAUGCGCGACCGUCGGGAGCUCAGCGUGUGGUCCGUGGAGAGCCCGAUGGACGAUGUCGACUAUACAUACGCUGGGCAGGACGAGGGCUACGGGAGCGAGAGCGCACCAGGCAGCGCACCGAGCAGCGCAGCGAGUAGUCCCAGGAGUAGUCCCGGGAGUAGCCCAGCGUUUGAGCCCGUCCAUCGUCGGGAGCCGAUGCAAUUCAGCCAGCAGCAGCGACGGAAACCACGACCGUUUCGCGAAUGGCUGCGAUUGUUGACGGACACGUUCAUGGUCCGCGGCACGCAUAGUCCGAUGCAGUGGAUGCUCGAUUUGCGCACGUACGGUUUACGCAUCCAUUACAGCAGUACGGCCACCGGCCACGUGAGCUGGUCCGGCCAGGACGAGUUGCUUUACAAGGAGGUCCAUUUCACGAUGGGCGAUUUCCGGGGCUUUGUCCACGGGUUGGUCAGCUCCAUGCGCCAGCUGCUACACGAGGAGCUAUUGAUGUGCGACGCCGCCAGCGCCCCCACGAUCCCAUGGGACCAGAUGAUGGACGACCCGACGCAGCCCAAGCCCGGGUGGAGUUUUUUGAAUGACAGUCGCACGCCGUGGCCCGUCCCCGGGGCACAGUGGCUGAUAGGGCGGAUCCAGAGCGAGCCCCGACUACAGCAGCGGUUCAUCGACGGCCCCGAGCGUCGGUUCCGCAUGCGGGCCAUCGAGCGAUACAUGCAGAACGUGGUGGAGUUCCGCGAGAAGCUCAGCGUCGGCAUCCAUGUUACCGCCGGCCAGCCCGGACGGGCCCCCGAGCUGUUGAGUAUCCGUCAUCGCAACACCGAAGGGGCCCACCGCAAUGUAUUCAUCGAGGACGGGCUCGUCGUGUUCGCCACGAAGUACCACAAGGGGUUUUAUGCGAGCAACGACGCGAAGAUCAUCCAUCGGUAUUUGCCGCGCGCCGUCGGCGAGCUGGUCGUGUGGUAUCUGUGGUUGGUGUUGCCAUUCGUCGAACGAUUGCAGGCGUUGCAGCAGCAGGUCCAGGGCACCAGCGAGGAGACCAUCCAGACCAUUCAAAUGCGUGCAUCGUACAUCUAG